ACAAGAUGGCAGGCUGUGGGAGCUGGGUCUUCUUUUUAACAGUUUGUGCUGUCACUGUGUGUGGGGCCAAUGCAGAGAUCAAAUUUACCAUUCCUGUGGGGAAGUUAUUUACAUACGAGCUGAUGAGAGAGACUUUCCAGAAUGACUUUGAACCCUUGUCAAAACUCUACGCUGGCCGCUUGUACGAUGACCCCAUGAUUUUUAAGUGCAACAGGCAGAAUUUUCCAGACCUCCCAGAGUGGCUCCGCUUCACGCAAAGGCACCCCUAUGAUAACGGCUUCCUGUAUGGGACACCACAGACUCCAGGAAGAAGUAUAAUUGAGAUUUAUGCCAUCAACAAACGGAGCUAUGAAACAGCCAGACACAUUCUCGUAAUCAAAGUAGCUGCAGAGAGGAUCUUGCCCUAUCAAGCUGAGUUCUUCAUCAAACUGAGAGAUAUUGAGAAAGUGCUGCCCUCUACUGUUCAGGAUGAAAUAAAGCAGGAUACACAGAAGCUGUGGAAGACACAGACUUUGUCAAUUAUCAACAUCACUAACGCUCUCGACCGUGGUGGCAGAGUCCCCCUCCCUCUUGGAGGCCACUUCGAGGGUGUGUAUGUGAAGGUGGGGUCAGAGAUGUCUUUCUCAGAAUGUCUCCGUAAGGUGCUGAAGCCAGAGCAUCAGGAGCAGUGUGCAGCAGGGGCAGAAGUCAAGAUCCCUGGAGAGUGUAACUUCUGCGGCAUUGCCAGCAACUGUAUCACCUGGUGCAAGACUGAGCUGUUCGAUCUGAGUAAGCCGGUUCCACCUCCACCCGUUCCCACUAUGGGCUCAGGGAUUCUGGAGGAUGGAGGUGACUUCAAUCCUCCCGAGUCUCCACCGAGCAGAAACUAUUUCCCAGACUACAUUGUGACAGUGAUUGUGCCCCUGAUCCUGGCCAUCAUCCUGUGUAGCUUGCUGGCCUACAUCAUGUGUUGCAGACGAGAAGGAGUAAACCAAAGGAAUGCAAGGACAAACCAGAUUCAGCUGUUCCACCACCACACUAUUCUCGGAAACACAGAUGAGCUGAGGAACAUGGCUGGAAACCGUGGCAUUCCUGCUCUUCCUCUAUCAACACUGCCCAUGUUCAACAGCAGAACUGGGGAGAGAGCAUCACCACUGCAGUCUGACAGCCCCAGCAUCCCCCUCAUCAUGGCCCAGCAUGAUCCCUACAGUGACACACUGCCCAGGAAGUGAGAACAACGAUGGAUACAUGUAAAGCUUGAAUGUUAUAAAGUAAUGUGUUGCAACAUCCUAUUAAUUAAUUUGCUGUGGGAAAUGAAGUGUUUUUUCUUCUUUAAGUUAUGUUAAAAUUCAUAAAUAGUAUGUAGUUACUCAAAUGAUCUGCCAUUUAUGAUUCUCUUUAUUCCACUUUCUUUCAUUGCCAAUAAAAGAU